AUGGCCCUCAAAAACCGCCUCACUACCAUCGGCCGCCCACUCCAGCUCAUCUGGUUACCCAUCACAUUUCACUGCGCCGCUCUCAAAGAAGCACUUCGCAAAGAUGGUCUCGCCUCACUUGCACCCAAUGGCUUUAUCGCCUUUGAAGACACCACCUAUGUCCCCUCUCUAGUCCGGUCCGCUCGAGGCACAAUCCUCGAGCUAGGUCCCGGACCAGGCAACCAAAUCCACCGCUACGAUGCAUCUCUCGUAGACUUCAUCUACGCCGUUGACCCCAACCCCAAGUAUAGAGAUGUGAUUGCUGCAAAAGACAGCGAGCUUUUGAGAGGCGAGGGGGUUACAGAGAGGAGUUUGGAUACUGUACUGUGCGCGGUGGGGAAUGUCGAGAGUGUGAUGAGGGAGGUGUGGAAGUUGUUGAAGGCGGGGGGGAGCUUUGUAUUUUGGGAGCACGUGAGGAAUAAGGAUACUGCCACAGCUGUUACGCAAACUUGUUUGAAUCCUGCUUGGAGCGCACUCGUUGGGUGUUGUAUAAAUCGGGAUAUCAAGGCGGCUAUCCUCGCUGCUGGGGAGUGGGAGAACCCUGGUGACAUCGAGGUGACUGAUGAGCCAUAUUCUGUCUUGCCUAGGAUUUCGGGUGUGCUUAAGAAGAAGGUUUAA